AUGUUCCCGGAGACCCUUUGGUGCCUUCUCAAUGUCGCCAUUGUCAUUGCACAAACAAGACGGCAGCUUUCUCUGAACGACGUGUCUUCGUUUGAUGAAUCGUCGACAUUUACCCUACCGGAAUCAAGCAACCUCACAGUUUCAGUCGCCUUGUGUUCUUCAGCCUCCUCUGCUCGUUUUUUUGUCACAAAUACAUCGGCAGACGCAGAUGAUCCUGGACUCGGUGGCGGUACCGACGUAUACGAAAUAUUACUGAAUGAGGGAUACGGCAACUUCGCGGGUGUAUUUACGAAUGGAGGUGUAUUGGCGGCGGAGAAUACCAGCGACGUUACCUUCGAAGUGGGCGUGUCAGAAAGUGGACCAAUGCAUAAAAUUUUAACCGACCCUCCAUCACUGGGCGAUACCACAGCAACCCAGGCUAUCAUAUUUUCUCCCGUUUUCUUGGAAGCAGACUCAGAAGUGCCGACCUACCCAAACUACUCUCUACCAUCUGCGAACCUCUCGAUCCCUACAAUACCUCCCACGUCCAAUAAUUUCUCGCUGAUUUUCUCAGAGACGUCAGGAUCUAGUCCACUGACAUCCAAAUUGCAGACAGGCUGCGCGUUACGAAGUCAAAAUUCCACUGGAAACAUUGUUAAUCAGACCUUUUGGCUUCCAAAUGAAGAUGGUUGGCGAACACAGUGGAUUAUUGACGAUUUGACGCCUGCAACAAAUUAUACCGCCUAUGUUAUAAUUGACAACACCGUCGUCAGUGGACCCAUGUACUUUUUAACAAAAUCUGCCCUAGAGUCUUUCUCUUGUCCACUAUUAUCCAACCUGCCCUAUUGUCCCCAACAUCGCGUAUGCGGUCCCUCUCUCCCAACCAUCCCCGCAAUCAACCUACGACUUCUACCAAUCUCCCUUCACAAAUCUCAGAUUCCCCUCAUAUCCUCAUUGACCAACUUCACUAUAACGCUUACGACCUUUGCCUGCGGCCGCGAUGACUAUUCGCCUCUUGUGUCUUGUAAUGAUUGUCAGCGGGAAUAUCGGAGAUGGCUAUGCACCAUCAGCUUCCCCCGCUGUGGAGAGGCAAACUCAAAUAAUGGGACCAUAGUGGCUUCCGAUGGUGCUCAAAAGCGUUGCAAUGCUGCUGACCGAGCUUGUCCAAGCUUCCUUGGCUUUCGAUGUCCAACGGAGCAGUUCAAUGCUUCAAGCAGCUACGGUACGGGUGUAGAGGGCGAAGGAUCUUCGGGGACUUCGCAGGAUCGCUAUGGGAAUGUUUGGUGUAACUAUGGAUAA